AAAGUCCUUGUAAAGGAGUUCCUGGGCAAUACACAUAUUGCAUAGUGUUGGCUAUAUAUGAUGUGUAGAAUUUUAUUUCUGAUUGUGUAGCGUUGUUAAAUGGCUUAGGCAUCUUGAUUCCUUGGAAGUUUAUGGACGCUGUGAAGUGUCGGUUAUGGAUGAACCAUACAUUAACUUCAUUCCUCCCCCGGAGGCACCAGUUUUCACUCCCACUGAGGAAGAAUUCGCUGAUCCUUUGGGAUAUAUUGCUAAAAUAAAACCUAUUGCCGAAAAAACAGGAAUAUGCAAAAUUAAACCACCACCGGAUUGGCAACCACCAUUCGCAGUGGAUGUGGAUAAAUUCAGAUUUACACCAAGAGUUCAGCGUCUAAAUGAACUGGAGGCAUUUACUCGGAUUAAACUAAACUUUUUGGAUCAACUCGCAAGAUUCUGGGAGUUACAGGGCUGUUCAUUAAAAAUUCCACAUGUUGAGAGGAAGUUACUGGAUUUAUACAACUUGUACAAGACUGUUGAAGAGGAGGGUGGCAUAGAAUAUGUCACAAAGGAAAGAAAAUGGAGUAAAAUUGCACAAAGGCUGAAGUAUCCUCCAGGGAAAGGGGUGGGGGGAUCCCUGCGCUCUCACUACGAGAGAAUCCUCUACCCAUUCUACAUCUUCAAGAAAGGGGAUGCUUACCCGGCAGAGAAACCUAAACCAGAUCUGUCUACAAAUUCUGAAGAAGAUGACAAAUCCGACAAGGACUACCGACCACACGGCAUAGCAGCAAAAACUGCAGCGGGGGGAUAUACUCGCAAGAACAAGAAAGAACGAGCACAGAAACAGCUUCCCCCUGACACAGAAGAAGUCCCCACAAGCGUAGACAAAAUGGACAUUGAUUACAAUGUCAAUUCUGAGCUGAAGAAAUUGCAGUUCUUUGGAGCGGGGCCGAAAGCUGCCGUUCCGCAGGCAGAUGAGGUCAAAGAGGAGAAGGUGGAGCCUAUAGAGAACGGAGGAGGUGUAAGCACCAGGCAUAAAAACCCAGGACCUGGAGCAUACACAACAGUGGACUUGUACCUGUGCCACAUGUGUAACCGUGGUGACGGGGAGGAGUACAUGUUGCUAUGCGAUGGGUGUGACGACGCAUUCCACACAUACUGCUUAAUCCCGCCCAUGCCUGAGGUCCCUAAGGGGGAUUGGAGAUGCCCUAAAUGUGUGGCAAAGGUGAGAUGCACAAAGAAAUUCAGUUCUAGGAUCAAUCCAGAUGUUACUUUAGCAGAUAUUCAUGCCUGCUGCCGACCGAUGAACCCGUACGGAUUUGAACAAGCCAAGAAGGACUAUAGUCUUCAGAGCUUUGGAGAAAUGGCUGAUCAGUUCAAAUCCAACUACUUCAAUAUGCCUGUACAUAUGGUGCCGUGCGAGUCAGUGGAGAAGGAAUUCUGGCGGCUGGUGAACUGUAUCGAGGAAGACGUGUCAGUUGAGUACGGAGCAGAUAUCCACGCAUCGGAGAUGGGAAGCGGAUUUCCCACCAAAGACACAAAGGACAUGUUCCCAGAAGACGAGGAAUAUAUCAAUUCUGGCUGGAAUCUGAACAAUCUCCCUGUCCUGGAGCAGUCGGUACUCUGUCACAUAAAUGCAGACAUCUCCGGAAUGAAGGUUCCAUGGUGCUAUGUGGGGAUGUGUUUCUCAAGUUUCUGCUGGCAUAACGAGGACCAUUGGAGUUACUCCAUCAACUACAUGCACUGGGGGGAACCUAAAACUUGGUAUGGUGUCCCUGGCUCCAUGGCCGACCUUUUUGAGGAUGUGAUGAAGAAGAGCGCCCCAGAACUGUUUGAAGCCUCCCCGGAUCUUCUGCAUCAGCUGACCACCAUCAUGAACCCCAACAUUCUCAUGGACCACGGAGUUCCCAUUGUCCGCACCAACCAACAUGCAGGAGAAUUUAUCAUCACUUUUCCCAGAGCCUACCAUGCUGGAUUUAACCAAGGCUAUAACUUUGCUGAAGCUGUCAACUUCGCUCCUGCUGACUGGCUUCCCAUGGGGCGUGCUUGCAUUGAACACUACAGGGCAUUGUGUCGUCAGUGCGUUUUCUCUCAUGAGGAGUUAGUAUGUAAGAUGGCAGCUGAUCCUGAUAACCUAGAUCUGAUUAUUGCAGCCAGCACACACCGAGACUUGCUAGCUAUCGUGGAGGAUGAGCGAAAGCAACGCAAAACACUGCUAGAAUUGGGGACGAAGGAAGCUGAGCGUGAAGCGUUCGAGCUCCUCCCCGAUGACGAGCGACAAUGUGACUUCUGUAAAACCACCUGCUUCCUGUCGGCUGUCACCUGUCCCUGCAAACCAAAUAAAGUUGUGUGUAUUCAUCAUGUGGACAGACUGUGUGCUUGCAAUCCAUCACAGUACUGUCUGAGAUAUAGAUACACGCUAGACGAAUUACCCACAAUGCUUCACCGUCUGAAGGUCCGAGCGGAGUCGUUUGACAACUGGACGACUAAGGUCAGAGCCGCGUUGGAAGCUGAAGAGGAUGAGAAAGUGGAUCUGCCUGAUUUGAAGGAAUACAUUGCUGAAGCAGAGGAGAAGAGAUUUCCGGAUUCCGAGUUGAUGCAGCAGUUAGUGAUGGCAGUCAAUGAAGCAGAGAAAUGUGCAAACGUAGCAGCUCAGCUUGUGUCCAAGAAAGCUAGAACCAGAAAUCGCCACAAUGAUGGGAAAUACAUUGCCAAGCUAAGUCUAGAGGAACUGAAUUGUUUCUAUGAACAAGUGGCCAGCCUGGCCUGUGUCAUCAAGGAGGCCAAACUGGUCAAGGAGCUGCUGGACAAAGUCACUCAGUUCCAGAAGGAUGCGCUGGAGGCUUUGGAUGCCGAGAGCCCGGACUCCGAAAAGCUGGAACAACUGAUCGAGUUCAGUGUCACACUAGAUGUGGACCUCCAGGAAAUUCCAAGACUCAAGCAGGUGUUGCUGCAGGCUAAAUGGCUUGAUGAGGUUAAACUGACCCUUCUCGAGGACCAACAGCAAGUGACCUUGGAGUCUAUGAGGAAACUGAUGGAGGCAGGGGUGGGGCUGGCCCCUCACCCUGCCGUGGAGAAGGCCAUGGCUGAAUUACAGGAACUACUGACCGUCAGUGAGAGAUGGGAAGAAAAAGCCAGGAUCUGUUUACAGGCCAGACCACGUCACGUCAUGGCAACAUUAGAGGCCAUCAUUAAUGAAGCGAAGGGUAUCCCAGCAUUCCUUCCUAAUGUCAGCGCCCUCAAAGACGCCUUAAAGAAAGCCAAGGAUUGGACUCAGAAGGUGGAGACAGUUCAGAAUUCCGACUCUUACCCCUAUCUGGAUGCCCUGGAGAGUUUAGUGAACAAAGGCCGACCCAUCCCGGUCCGUCUGGAUCAGCUUCCACAGGUGGAGUCUCAGGUGGCAGCCGCCAAGUCAUGGCGUGAGAGAACUGCAAGGACUUUCCUAAAGAAGAACUGCACUUACUCACUGCUAGAGGUGUUGUCCCCCAGAGCAGACAUUGGAAUCUACAGCAGCAGUAAGAAAACGAAGAAGAAAAUCAAGGAGGAGGGAAGAGAUCGCCGUGACAGCGAGAAUAACAACCAAUCGGAUUACAGAGUGGACGAGCAGAGGGACCCGGCAGCCAUUGUUGCUGCAUUCAAAGUGGCCGAACAGAGGGAGGUGGAACUGAUGAGGGAAUUAAGGGACCGUAACUGUGCCAAGCUUCGCCAGCCGCAUGGAGAAGCAAAGUACUGUAUCUGUCGUAAAGAAGGGGCGGGGUUCAUGUUACAGUGUGAACUCUGUAAAGACUGGUUCCAUGGAACUUGUGUCCCAUUACCAAAGUCAGCUAACCUUAAGAACAAAUCUCAGCAGGCUGCCGCAGUACAGGCAGCAAAGGAUCUCAAAUUUCUCUGUCCUCUCUGUCUGCGGUCACGGCGACCACGUCUGGAGACCAUUCUGUCUCUCCUAGUGUCCCUUCAGAAACUCCCCGUCCGUCUGCCAGAGGGUGAGGCCUUGCAGUGCUUGACCGAGCGCGCUAUGGCCUGGCAGGAUCGAGCUCGCCAGGCACUGACCACCAGUGAAUUGGCCUCAGCUCUCGCCAAACUCAGCGUAUUGAGCCAGAGAAUGGUCGAGCAGGCAGCGCGGGAGAAGACGGAGAAAAUCAUCAAUGCGGAGUUGAUGAAGGCGGCUAAUAAUCCAGAACUGCAGGGACAUCUUGCCAGCGUUACCCAGAGUGCAUUUGGUGGAACUUCUGCAGUGGUAAAUGGGAAGCAGAUGGAGUCAGGAUUUCUGGAUUUGGAAAACUCAUUGUCACCGCCCAUGUCACCGGAACAAAACUCAGAGGAUAUACAGAUGGAGAUUGAGAUUGCAAGCACCAACCACAGUGGGAUGUCCGAGCAUGCCUACUCCUCAGCCUCAAAGGGAGGGUCCAAUGCUUCCCCCAGAAAACACCAGAGGAAGUCCCCCCUGGUGGCUCGGUCAGGACUAGAGGCCCCAGUCCUGGAACUCUCCACCACGGCUAAAAAGCAGCUGGAGGAACUGAUGAUGGAGGGGGAUCUGUUGGAAGUGUCCCUGGAUGAAACCCAGCACAUCUGGAGAAUCCUACAGGCGUGUCAGCCCCGGGGGGAAGGGAAACUCCUAGACAUAGACAUAGGGGACAAGGGUCCUGAAAACAUUGUGCCAAAAGAGAACUUUGAAAGAGAGAAAAUGGUUGUGAAAUUCAAGAAAGAAAAGGAUCCGGAGAAGAAGAAGAAAAAACGCAAGAAAACUGAGGAGGGAGCAGAUCUAUCAAAACCAAAGAAAAUGAGGGAAGGAUCCGAAGGGGUGGAGAAAGCAAAAAAGGUCAAGAUCAAAAAAGAGAAAGGAGAGAAGGAGAAGAAGCUGCUGAAGGAAUUCGAACUCCAGAAAGAUCAGAUUAUGUCGGAAUCCACAGUGUCAGACAUAGAGAAGAUAAAACUAUUGGUAGACAUUAACACAGAGAAACUCAAGAAACUAGAAAAACCCAAGAAAAAGAAAGUGAAAGUGAAAAAAGAAAGUGGGACAGAGGAAGUAGAGAAGAAGAAACGAAAGCCAAGGAAGAAGAAAGAGAAAGAGUGUUUGGUGAUGAUGGAAGAUGAUGGAGAUGAUGAUAAUGAUGAUGAUAACUGUGCUGCCAUCAAAUGUCUGAAGCCCACGGGGGAGGAGGUGAACUGGGUGCAGUGCGACCGUUGUGAGGAAUGGUAUCACCUUCUGUGUGUCGGACUCGGGGCAGACGAGGUGACAGAGGAUGAAGAAUACGAGUGCUUCAAGUGUAAAAACCAGGACAGCUCGCUCGCUUAUCUACACAGCUCGGUAACGGCAGAAGAAGUGGUGCGGAACAGCCUUAGAGAAAACAUUACCAUCAGUACAUCGUCAGGGCUGAUGACGACUCGCGAGGCAGACCUUCCGUCUGUAUCCGAGGUGGAACUCAGUCCCCAAGAGAAAACAAACAGUGGCCCUCAAAAAAUAGUUCGAACUCAGUCACCCAUCAAAAUUCAGGAAUUCUGCUCUCAAAAGUCUCUUGCAGGUAAAUUGUCAGAGAGGGGUGUGAAGUUGUCAGUGAUUGAGAAUGAAGACCUGGUGAGUUCUGUGAUAUCUAGUGAGGACUUGAUUGAGGAGGAACAGGUUCCUCUUGAGGAGGAGGAAGAGGAGGAGGAUGAGGACAGUAGCGAUGACCUCGGUCAGAAAGUCAGUGGGGAAGCCCCCUCCCAUUCAGUCAUCGUGGCAGAUAUCAUGGACGGGAUGAUGACCCAGUUGGAAUCACCUGUGACAGUAAGCAUGUCCAGCGUGGAAGAAAGCGAACCAGUGACAGAAGAGACCAAUGAACAAACAGCAGAUGAAACGUGACCUUUGAACUAUUGUGUGUAUCUUGUCAAGCUGUCUAAAGUGUUUGUGCAUCUGUCUUCUUGUGUACAGAAACUCUACACAGAGAAGGAGAGAGACAUUAAUUGCUUGCCUCAACGGAUUAAAUUUCCAACAAAAGGUUCUGCUGUGAAUCUUCAUUUUACAAAACUCAUGUCAUGUUCUGACCUUUGUAUUUCACAUUGAAUUUCAUAUGAAUCCUAAGUAGUGAGGUGCACAAGAUGUCAUUCUUCAUCAGCAUCACCAUUUAAUGACAUCGUUUUAUAAUGUGCAUCAGCUGGUCGUUAGUGUACAGUUUUGGGUGUUGAUCAUUUUGGAGUGCAAUGUUUUCAUGAGAAUUGUCAAUUUCACCAUAUGUUUUGUUUACAUGUAGGUCUGUUGUUUUUAUUUAUUGUACAUUUUUCUUGUGUAAAUAAGAGUUUUGUUUUCAAUGUUUAUUGAUUUCCGUUGUACACGAGAGAUGUACGUUUAUAUGUAUUUUAUAAUUAGUUUAAUAUCAGUCAAGUUCAAUUUUUACAAAGAUAUAUUGUACAUGUAGUUUAUAAUUUUCAUUGCAAGAUUAGUUAUGAUUGCAAAUAGUAUUGCUGCAUAUUUUUAAAGUGCAUUGCUAUUACUGAAAUGCAAAAAAAAUUCUAUAUGAAUGACUGAAGACAAUACCACAUUUGAAAGACUUAAAAAAAACGAAAUUGAAACAAAACCAAACUGUCAUUUGUGACACAUUAGUUAGAUAGUGAAUGAUGCCAUUUUGUGCAUUUUUGAAUGAUAGUCUUUCCCUGUGGUCUGUAAAAUGUAGAAGUAAAUAUUCUGGCACUAAUCACUCAUUUGUGAAAAUAAGGUGAAAUACAUCUACAGUUGGAAGUGCAGUUGUUUUUUUUAAAUUUAGCAGGGGUUUUUGUUAUUGUUUUUAUUUAUUUAUCUUUUCUUUUUUAUAAGGGGUUUGGUUUUUUCUUUUUCUUUUUUUUUUUUUUUUUUUUUGUUGCAUAAAAGAGUAGAAUGAUAAAAAAAAAAGGUAAUGAAAUAGAAUAAUCUAAAUGUACAGUAAAUGAUUUAUGCCACAAUGCGUACUUUUACAUAAUCGUAGCGACUGUUCUAAUGAUGAGUGAUCAUUCUGAUUGGAAACUUCGAACUGUUACAUUCAGUGGAACAAGUUUGAAGUGUUUUGUAUGAGAUGUAAUUUUGAAUGAGUUUGUGAAACAUUGUGUAAAUGAAGAGAGGCAAACACCCAACAUUAAAAAUUACGUCAAGUCAAA